AUGGCACAGGACAACAAUGGAAUGGUGCCAUCUCUCAAGCGCUCAUCAUCAUCAUCACUGUCGCCGGUGCGCGAUCCCGCUAUAAAACGCCAGAAAAGGCACUACCACCACAACCACAAGCUUCACAAACCAAUCCAGGUACAACUUCGAGAGCCUGCCCUUCUCGACGAUGGCAUUGUCACGCACCUCCUCGAACGCUCCAUCGGUCAGAUCCUUACAUCGACAGGAUAUGAGAUUGCCGAACCUACUGCGCUGGACGCUUUUCGCCAGGCCGCGGAAGAAUAUUUCCUUCACUUAGCGGCCUUUGCACGUCAGGCAAUGACGGCCUCGCGCCGUAUACAGCCUAUUCCUCAAGAUUUCGAAUUUGCACUCCGACGAGCCCUCGUCAGCACAGAUGAAUUACUACCGCACAUCAAGCCUUCAGAAGAACCAGAGAAGAUUAUCACAACACUUCUACCAAGCCCUCCGCCAGAAGAGGAGGGAAAUCUUUUCAAUGCAUUCACUGGCAUGCCCAUACUCAGCAAAGAUCUAAGCGGUGAAGAUGAACGUCAAAAAAUUAGUUAUAUCCCAGCGCACUUUCCACAUUUCCCAAGCAAGCACACAUACCGAUUUACGCCCGUAUAUACAGAACGCGAGACGGAUCCGCGAAAAAUACGAGAAUUAGGAAUGGAAGAUAGCCGUUUCGGAGAAGAGGCUCUACGCAAGUUGGCGCGUGCUGCGUUUAAGGAUACGCACGCAGCUGGAUCCGGUAAAGGUGAAAAGCGACUUUGGGGUCGGAAACAUGAGAGUACAGAAAGUAUGUUUGAGAAGACAAUUCGGGGUCUCACGAAGAAGGGCCAGAAGCCUGCCUCUACGGCCGCGGACGGGCAACCGAUCGAUGCACAGAGAGAGAAUAAAUUCUCGCUGGCAGGUCUUGACUUGGCGCCAAUUGUCAAUUGCGAAAGGGAUCUGUGGAGGAAGAGUACAAAGGGCCAACAGCAAGCCGAGAAGUUGCCAGAUACGAAGGACUCAGCUGUUGCGAAGGUUGAGCGAUGGGUUUCGGCUUGA